AUGGAUGUCUCGUUUUGUCCGACCAAAUGUAGUUUUUGGAAGGUUUUCUGGCUCUGGAGCAUUUGGGGGGACUACUUGGUUUCCGUUUUGGGUUGCCCUGCCAACUGCCUUUGCAACAAAACCGAGAUCAAUUGCAAACAACCAGACGAUGGCAACCUCUUCCCUCUGCUCGAGGGGCAAGAUUCGGGAUCCACCAAUGGAAAUGCCAGCAUCAACAUUACGGAUAUCUCUAGGAAUAUCACUUCGAUAUACAUAGAGUAUUGGAAGAAUUUGCAGACUUUGCAUGCUGUAGACAUGGAGCUGUACACAGGACUCCAGAGAUUGACAAUCACGAACUCAGGGCUCCGAAGCAUCCAGCCACGAGCGUUUGAUAAGAAUCCUCACUUACAUUACAUAAAUCUCUCAGGUAACCGGCUGACCACUCUUUCGUGGUUACUCUUCAAGACGCUGAGGCUUACAGAACUGAAGUUGGAAAACAAUAUUUUUAACUGCAGCUGUGAUAUCCGUUGGAUCCAGCUGUGGCAGGAGAGAGAAGAAGCCAAUUUGCAGAACCAGGACUUGUACUGCACUAGCAUGGAGACCAGCCACAUACCCAUACAGGAGCUGAAUAUCAACCAGUGCGAUUUGCCUGAAAUCAGCGUCAGCCACGUGAACUUGACCGUCUGCGAAGGUGAAAAUGCUGUGAUCACAUGCAAUGGGUCCGGUUCUCCUUUGCCGGAUGUUGACUGGAUUGUGGUCAACUUGCACUCUAUCAACACGCAUCAGACAAAUGCCAACUGGAGCAAUGUCCAUUCCAUCAAUUUAACCCUGGUGAAUGUAACCAGUGAAGACAAUGGGUUCCUGCUUACAUGCAUAGCUGAGAAUGUGGUAGGAAUGUCUAAUGCCAGCGUACUUCUCACUGUAUACUCUCCUCCCCGUAUCCUCAGCCUACUGGAACCAAUCCGGCAUAUGGAACAUUGUAUCGAGUUCUCCGUUCAUGGGAACCCUCCACCCCAAAUUCAUUGGCUGUACAAUGGCCAGUUUCUUAGGCAAACCGCCUUCAUCCGCAUGGAUGUCUACCAGGGUGGGGACAUCACAGAUGGCUGUUUGCUCUUCAACCAUCCCACUCAUUACAACAAUGGCAACUACACCAUCGUGGCGACCAACUCCUUGGGAACAGCCAACCAGACUGUCAGAGGACAUUUUCUGGAGAAACCAUUUCCAAGUGAGAGAUUGACACUUUAUAAUGAAUACAGCCCAAGUCCCUCCCCUCUCAUCACAGUGACACAUAAGCCAGAGGAAGACACAUUUGGGGUAUCUAUCGCAGUGGGUCUUGCAGCUUUCGCCUGUGUUCUCCUGGUGGUCCUAUUUAUUAUGAUCAACAAAUAUGGACGGCGAUCAAAGUUUGGAAUGAAAGGUCCUGUGGCUGUAAUCAGUGGAGAAGAGGAUUCUGCCAGCCCUCUUCAUCACAUCAAUCAUGGCAUCACCACACCUUCAUCAUUGGACACUGGCCCAGACACGGUGGUGAUCGGUAUGACCCGGAUUCCUGUCAUCGAAAACCCACAAUACUUCCGACAAGGCCACAACUGCCAUAAACCAGACACAUGUUUCAGAGAAAUUAUGUUGAAUCCAAUAACCCUUCCUGGACAUUCUAAUCCUCUUAACCAUCAUGGCAUUUAUGUUGAAGAUGUCAGUGUUUAUUUCAGCAAAGGACGUCAUGGCUUUUAAAAAGAGCAAAAAACAAAAAACUCACACACA